AUGGGGUCGGUCGCGGCGCGCAACGGGGCGAGCGUGAAGCUGCCCAGGAUCAAACUCGACACGACCUUCACUGAGCUGUAUAAGCGUGCCAGUCCCAAGGACGCCAGCACCCGGUUGGGCUGGAUUUCAUGCGGCGUCAGCACUGGCAUCGACCUCACCGCGGGCUUCCCCCGCAACACCAAGUUCGUCUACCAGGACCAGGCCUUCGUCAAGGCCGCGGGGCCCGAGCUCAACAACGGCAAUGCCGGCCUGCAGUGGUCUCUGGCACAGAAGUACCUCAGCCUGAUCCCGCAGCGGGACGCAUUCGUCUCCGGCAGCACGCCCGUCAUCUUCUUCAACCUGGACCGCACGCCCGAGCAGCUCGAGCACGACCGGCGCGAGGCCGAGGCCACCAUCUCGGUGCUCGAACCGUCGCAGCGGCCCGAGCUCAUCUUCUGCCCCGGGCCGGCCGAGAUCCCCGUGAAGGAGCACCGCAUCGACAAGCUCGAGUACAAGGUCAUCGCCGACGCGCUGGAGCGCUACCCGCUGACGCACGACCUCGAGGCCCACUGGUUCCUCAACAGCAAGGCCGCGCUCGCCCGCUCCGGCCUGCCGACGCCGCGGGCCGACAUCAUCGAGACCGAGGGCUGCCCGCCCGCGGCGGACGCGUGCUGCGGCGUGUGCGCCGCCGCCGCCAAGGACACCUCGCGCCUGCCCACGAUCCCGCCCGGGUGCACCGGCCCGCGCGGGGCGUGGCUGUCCGCGCAGGCCGAGCGCAUCCUCGCGGCCGUCCGGCGCCGGCCCGUGCCCUUCGUCUUCAAGACCCAGCAGGCCUUCGGCGGCGCCGGCACCUGGUUGCAGGAGGAGGAGGAGCAAAAGCAGCAGGUGCAUCGACCCCCAGGGAACAACGCCGACGGCCUCCUGCGGCGCCUGCUCUCGCUGCUGACGCCGCACAACGCGGCGCUGCGCCCGACGACGGUCCUGCUGACCGAGCUCGUCCGCCACGAGCCGCCGGGCGGCACCGACUUCGGCCUGACCUUCGUGGUGACCGCCGCGGGCGAGGCCGUCUUCCUGGCCGCCGCCGAGCAGAUGCUGGCCACCACUACCACCAAUGCCACUACUACGACCGCCGUCACCACCACCGCUGGCGCCGCAUGGGUAGGCAGCACAAUCAACUACGCACGACAGGGUGCUCUGCGGCGGCGGUUCGCGGGGCUGAUAGCGCAGAUUGCAGCGUGGGUGCGGGAGCGCGGGUACGUCGGGCCGGUGGGCGCGGACGUGCUCACCACCGGCACAUUAGCGGAGGCAGAAUCGGGGGCGGGGCAGGACUCGGAGGACGGCGGCGGGUGUUUCGUCGUGGACCUGAACGUGCGCACGUGCGGGUCGCUGGCGCUGCCGUUGCUGCGGGGGCAUUUCCUCGAGCGCAGGGGCAUGGCGUGCGCGGGCAGCCUGUCGGUGGCGUACCGCGGCGGGAGGGGCGAGUUCAUGGAGCGGUGGCGGGCGCCGCUGGAGAAGGGGCGGAUGGUCAUUCUGAGCUGGUAUGAGGACCCGCGGGGGGGCGGCAGCAUCGGGGAUGUGGUCGUCGGCGGGGAGGACGAGGGGAGGUUGAAGGAGCUGAUGCAGGCUGUGAGGGAGAGUACGGAGGAGUUGACGUUGUGA